UAUAAUUCUUAAAAAUAUUAUUAUUAAGCUCAAUCAUAAAAUAAUUUUUGCAAGAUGAAACAGAGAGGCAAAGCUAGUGAAUGAUCUAAUAAACUAAGGCUUUGGGUAAGGUCAGUUGGGGACUAACAUGGGAAGAACAUCUUCUUGUUCUAAGGUUGGGCUUCAAAAGGGGAAGAUGGACUACUGAAGAAGAUGAGAUUUUGACUAAAUAUAUACAAUCCCAUUAUAGCUUUUUAAAUUUUUCCCAUUGGUGUUUAUAGAAUUUGAUAGUUUGGUACUCUGUAGGAUUGUACUACUUUUUUGGGUUUUUUGGACAGUAAUUUGAGAUGAUGAAAAUGGUUUUCAAUCGAUAGUCUAAUAACUUGGGAGGUUUUUGGUUUCUUUUGUUAAUGAUUUGAGAUGAUGAGUAGUUGUGUUUAGACCUUAUCAAAGAUUGAAAUGAUUCUUCUUGUUACGGGUUUCUUCAAAUCUUAUAAGAAAUAAGGGCUCCUGAGAUGUGGGAAGAGUUGCAGGUUAAGGUGGAGGUGGAUGAAUUAUCUUCGUUCAGAUUUGAAGCAUGGAAAUUUCAUUUCAGAUGAAGAUGAGCUCAUCAUCAGAUUACAUGAUCUGUUAGGCAAUUGAUGGCUACAGAUGGUCACAGAUUGCAGAAUGUAUGCCAGGCAGGACAGACAAUGAGAUCAAGAACUAUUGAAAUGCUCAUCUCAGAAGAAAGCUUGCAGACAGAGGAAUUGACCCAGUGACCCACAAGCCAUUCUACUGCAAUUUUAGUUUGCAGCCCAAACAAGAUCCUAAGCCUGAACUGUCAUCUACACAAUUAGCAGAGGGUAUGAAGAAGGCCUAGAAAUAGAGAAACCCAUCUCACAAAAUCCGGUCAACAUGACUGGAGUAUAUAAAAGAAAGAACCCUUGCCAUGAAAAAGAAGCAUUAAAGAAGAAAAAGGCUAAUAUGGAGCAGCUUUCCUUGAGGAUUUCUAACCAGUUUGCUUGUGAAUCUUGUUCUGAGGCAAUCUCUGAUGAAAUUAAGAUAAAAAUACAGUCUCAAGAGUGCAAUAUUUCUGUGCUGGAGAAGGAUUAAUGCCCCAGUUCUUCAUUGACAAUAACUUCAUCCAGGUUCUGGGAAGAACCGUUUUCAUCUAAUAUAUUACUUUCUUCUAUGGAUUUGUUUGGAUCAUUUUACACAGAAGAUUUAACAAUGUUUGAUAAUCAGCUAAAUGUCGCAGAUGACUGCUGCAAUACUCUGGAGCUUUUGUCUCACAUAAAACAGAUGAUCCCAGGGCUUCUGAGAUCUGGGAAGAGUUGCAGGUUAAGGUGGAUGAAUUAUCUUCGCUCAGAUUUGAAGCAUGGAAAUUUCAGUGCAGAUGAAGACGAGCUCAUCAUCAUAUUACAUGAUAUGUUAGGCAAUCGAUGGUCACAGAUUGCAGAAUGUAUGCCAGGCAGGACAGACAAUGAGAUCAAGAACUAUUGGAACUCUCACCUCAUCGGAAAGCUUGCAGACAGAGGAAUUGACCCAGUGACCCACAAGCCUUUCUACUGCAAUUUUGGUUUGCAGCCCAAACAAGAUCCUAAGCCUGGAAUGUCAUCUCGAGAAUUAGCAGAGGGUAUGAAGAAGGCCCUAAUAACAGAGAAACCCAUGACACAAAAUUUGAUCAACAUGACUGGAGUAUAUAAAAGAAAGAACCUUUGCCAUGAAAAAGGAGCAUUCAAGAAGAAAAAGGCUAGUAUAGAGCAACUUUCCUCGAGGAUUUCUAACCAGUUUCCCUGCCAAUCUUGUCCUGAGACGAUCUCUGAUGAAAUCAAGAUAAAAAUGCAGUCUCAAGAGUGCAAUCUUUCAGUAACAGGGAAGACUGAAGUGCCUGUUUUAAUACGGGAUGAAUACCCCAGUUCUUCAUUGACAGAAAAUUCAUCCAGGUUCUGGGAAGAACCGUUUUCAUCUAAUAUAUUGCCUUCUUCAAUGGAUUUGUUUGGAUCCUUUUACACAGAUGAUUUAACAAUAUUUGAUAAUCAGCUAAAUGUCGCAGAUGACUGCUGCAAUAAUCUGGAGCUUUUGUUCUCACAGAAAACAGAUGAUCCCUGGUCUUUCUUUCUAUUAAAUACCGAGGAAUCUUUUUAUUCUCUUUGAAA